CAUGCCACUCCUUUAUAUGAAUAAUACCCGGCCCUUUUCGACAUUCUUGAGGAAGAGCGGGAACAAGGGGGCAUUGUAGGAGCUCAAAGUCUGAAGAGCUUGUUGGCCGUUGGCCAUGGCCGGGGGAGGAGCCAAAGCCGGCGGCGACGCGGAGAUAACGCUCGAGCACACGCCGAUAUGGAUCGUCGCGUCCGUCUGCUCUGUCAUCGUCGUCAUCUCCCUGCUCUUCGAGCGCAUGCUCCACCGCCUAGGCAAGAGGCUAUCCAAAGGCCGCAGGAAGCUGCUGUACGAGGCCCUCCUCAAGGUCAAAGAAGAGUUGAUGCUGAUGGGGUUCAUAUCCCUGCUGCUCAACGUGUUCCAGGGCCCCGUGCAGAAGAUAUGCGUCCGGGAGAGCGUCAUGUACCACCUCGUGCCCUGCCCGCGGCCGCCGUCCAGCACCAGCGGCACCGUGUUCACCGGCGUGCUGGGCAGCACUAGGAGGCUCCUUGCAGGAGGAGGCACUAACAGUGACUACUGCAUGAGUAAAGGCAAAGUUCCAAUUCUUUCAGUUCAAGCUAUUCAUCAGUUACACAUAUUUAUCUUCGUCCUAGCAGUCACACAUGUAGUUUUCAGUGCUGUUACCAUUAUUCUUGGAAUCACACAGACAAGAAACUGGAAAUGUUGGGAGGAGAAGAUACAACAAAACGAUGAUAGUGGUCCUCAAAUGAUCAAGCAUGUGCAAGAAUUCAAGUUUAUCCGAACUCACUUUAAAGGUCACGGAAAAUGGUGGAAAGUAUUCGGUUGGCUGCGUUCUUUGUUCAAACAAUUAUAUGGGUCAGUCACUGAGGAGGACUACACAACCAUGCGACUUGGCUUCAUUAUGAAACACUGUAGGGGACAUCCAAAAUUCAACUUUUAUAAUUAUAUGAAUAGAACACUGGAGGCUGAUUUCAAGAAAGUUGUUGGCAUAAGUUGGUACCUUUGGGCUUUACUAAUGGUAUUCUUGCUACUGAAUGUCCAUGGAUGCUAUGUCUACAUUUCGAUAUCAGUCGCCCCUUUCAUUUUGCUACUUGUGGUUGGAAGUAAGAUGGAGCAUAUCAUAACUGAGUUGGCUCUCGAGGUUGCCCAGAAGCAUACGGCAAUAGAAGGCGAUCUAGUUGUAACCCCUUCGGAUGAAUUAUUUUGGUUCCACCGGCCUAAACUAGUCCUUCUCUUGAUCCACAUCGUCUUGUUCCAAAAUGCAUUUGAGAUUGCAUUUUUCUUUUGGUUGUUGGUAACAUUUGGAUUUGAAUCAUGCAUUAUGGGAGAACCCGCAUAUGUUAUUGCUCGACUCGUAAUAAGUGUCAUUAGCCAACUCCUCUGCGGUUAUAGCACCCUUCCUCUCUACGCGGUCAUCUCUCAAAUGGGAAGUUCGUUCAAGAAAACCAUGUUCGAUGAGAAUAUAUCUGAAGGCCUCAACAAUUGGGCCCAAAAUGCUAGGAGGCGCAAAAGAAUGGCAGCAACAAAUGUAGGUGACAAUUCACCUAUUGGUGAGGGUGGUGGAAUUCAGAUGACAAAUGCAAGGAGAGACUUAGCAAUAGAGUAAGGGACUGCUUGGCUAAUCUAAGCGAACAUAUGAACAUGCCAAUAUACAAUGUAUGCUUCGUGGGCUGUGUAUUGUCCUGUUUGGGCUUUGGUCUUCACACUGGGCUCUUCAGACUUGUUGAAUUUGAUUUUUCUCCUAUGAAAUGUUAG